CCAUUUCUCCAACAAUAUUAGCUUUUCAAAAGUAUAACCUUCUACCUUCAAAUUAGAUUAUUAUUAUUAAAUAAAUAUCAUGUUCAUGAUACUAAUUCAGUUUCUCGAAAUGUAGCAAUGGCAUAUUCUAAUUAAAGUUUAACAAGGCAGCUUUGUGAGACCCAGAAACAAAAGUCACAAGUGAAGUUGAGGAUCCGACUUGGUUUUUUCAGCUCUAUUCUUCUCUUUUUCAUCAUUAUUAUAACUCUAUUCUUUUGCAAACUCACUCUCACUCUCUCCCCAUUCUUCUCUUAAGAAAAAAAUUAUGGAUUGCUUUGAUCUUGAGAACCCAUUCACCAGCUUGGACAAUCAAGAAUCUGAUAUAAUCUCAGCUCUCUUCUCUUCAGAAUCUGAUCACAUGCCCUCCCACAACUACUUUCUAAGUUUAAAGAGCAAUGACUCGUUUGUUUCUUUUCGACAGGAAGCCAUUUCUCUCAUUUUGAGGGCACAGUAUUCAUGUAACAUUGAUCGUUACACAACAUACCUGGCUACUAACUACAUGGACCGGUUCGUCUCCAGGCAAGAAAUUCCUCAAGGUAAUCCAUGGGUGUUGAGGCUUCUUGUGAUCGCUACCAUUUCUUUGGCUUCAAAGAUGAAGGAACAACACUUCUCUUCCUCCAAUUUCCAGAGAGAAGAAGGGUUCAUCUUUGAUGCCCCAGCAAUUCAACGAAUGGAGCUUCUGAUACUUGAUGCCUUGAAUUGGAGAAUGAGAUCAGUAACACCCUUGUCGUUUAUCUGCUUCUUCAUAUCUUUGUUUGAACUUAAAGAUCCACCUUUGAGACAAGCAUUGAAAGAUAGAGCAACAAACAUAAUCUUCCAAGCUUGUAAUGAAAUCAAACUGCUAGAGUUCAAACCAUCAAUAAUUGCAGUAUCAGCUCUUCUUAUGGCAUCCCAUGAGCUAUUCCCUUUGCAGUUUCCAUCUUUUGAAACCUCGAUUUUGAGCUGUCGACAUGUUAAUAAAGAGAAUCAGUUGAAAUGCUUUAAUGCAAUGCAAGAGAUGGUGGCUAAUGAAACAAGCGAUUCAAUUAUUGAAACGGUGUCAAGCUCAAGUACAACAACUCCAAUGAGUGUUUUAGACUGCCAUUGUGAGAGAAGCAGUAGCAGCAUGGCAGCCAUUGCAGUGCCUGAAAAGAGAGAGCAAAGGAAGCGUCAGAAAUUGAAUGGUUUUUGCAGUGAAAGUAACAGGGUGAAGAUUUCCCAGAUUCAACCAUGUGGUUAAGAUUUCUACCUAGAUUUUCUAUCCCUAAUGUCCUAAAGGUAAAAGGACAAAAGGGUUCAUGAACAGCUUUAGUUAGAACUCAGAAAAGAUGGUUCCCUUACCCUUUUCUUCGAGUACAAAAUUGACGAAAGAAAAUUGACUAAAUUAGAUGAUCCAUUUUGUUUAUUUCCUUUCAAAAGAAUAUUAAAUUUAGCUGGGGGACAGCUGUUGGGAAAGGGACACUUAGGACAAAACAUGGCUUCAAAUGUUAAAAUAUUACUAUUUGUUUGUGUUAA